AGUCAGCGCGAAGAGGAGAUUACUACGCGCGCAGGAGGUCUUCUCGCGGGUGUUCGUGGUUCCCUCCGCUAGGCCACUCAGAAGAUGAAAGUCGUCCGCAGUUGGCUGCAUGCUGUGCGGAAUGUUGAGAACGAGCCCCCAGUUGUAUUGGUGCAAACGAUGGCCAUUUGGAUAUGGAACACGAACAAACUAGAUUGCAAAAGGAGCUGCUCUGGCAGCGUCUUGAAGGCUGUUUUGUAGUGGUUCUUGUCUCCAACGUGGUGGAGAAUUCACGAAAUAGGUGUAGCGAAAUCCUAAACAGGUGUUUGGUUCAUUUCAUGAGUUCCAUCAUCAGCAACCUGAAGCCGCAUGGUACGGCCUUCCACGGCAAAUCUGGGGCAUUCGGAAAACAAACAAAUAAACAGCUUUUCUUGUUUGACUCUCUCUCGAGUUUGCAACAGAACUUCCGAACAACUUCAAACUUCUGUUUCACGAACGAACACACCAGCAAGACGGUAGGC